AUGCCAACUCUUCGUGGGAUUGACGUCUCUGUCGUCCUCAGCCCCACCGAGCCUCCUCUACCUGAGCUUCCUCACCCAGACGCGUCUUCUGUUAUCCUUCGUGGGCUGAUCCUGACCAGCCCAACGUCGUCUCCAGCUUCGAGCUUGCACGCUACCCCUGAAAAGUGUCGAGCGCAGAGCACGGUGUAUAUCCCGUCCACCCCAGGUGCCCAGUUCCACCUCCGCUAUGGAAUCAGCAGACCGCCCGCCGGCGCCAGGUACUUAUACUUCAGGCUGGUAAUGAACGGUCGCCCAGUGGCAUCGUGGGGCAUCAAGUCACACACAGGCACUACCGAGAUUGUCAGCCACGCCUUGUACGUGCCCGACAAUAAAUGGACGUACCGAGAAAGCGGGAUGGUUUACAGGCGGGAAGGCGUCGAGAAGAGAUUCUUCCAUUUCACGCCUCAUUCCGGCAAGGAUACGCCUGCCGCCAUGGACGGCGGCCUCGUCGAGCUUCAGGUCUUUCGUUCAAAGGGAAGGAGGAGGAGGUCCCCCGAGCUUGCCGAUUUCAGAAGCCAGGACGCCUACGGAAUCACCUCUCCUACGGGUGGUCUCAUCGAGACGCCCCAAGACUUGACUUAUUAUGACUGGCUUCUUGUUGACGCCGUGGACAUACCAUACGCCACAUUCCGCUUCUUCUACCGCACUUGGUGUCAUUUGAAAGAAUUGAAUCUCGUGCCAGAAUCGCUUUGCAAUGAGCUCAUUACAUCAUCGGGACUCACAGAAGAAACCACAGAGGAAACCCCGCCAGACACCCCCAGCGUGCUAGCCGAGCCAGCAAGAAGCAGCGAGACACCCAAUUUCGGCUUUGACCCAGCCGACGGAUCUGUUUCUGGAAGCGGCGUUUCUCAGAGCAGCCACAGGCGGGACCGGAAAGCGUUCAAGCUUCCUACACCACCCAAGCUAAUACCCCCGAAGCCCGCUCGACUGAAGCUGCCGCAGCCUAGCAAGCUAUCUCGCGAUAUUAGGCAGGUGUCAGAUCCUGCGAGACCGUUGCCACCUUUGCCGGACAUUGAAGUUCCUCUCCGCAGACCUUCCCUGGAGUCAUCGCGAGCUCCCUCCGUCACACCUUCCCUUCAGACAUAUGCCGAUGAGUCGAGCGGGGCCGACGAGAUCGAGCUUGGAGUUGCUAGGCGAGUUGUAUUGCCUCAAGCCUCCAAGGAACCGGGCGGAACGGAACAGCCGCUGCGCCCGCUGCCCGCACCUCCCACGAUACCCCCGUCACCUUCUGACUACGACACAACGCCCCCUUCUCCAGGCGGCUCCAAGGCAUUCAAGCACAUUGGGCGGCAGGAAUGCUUGGUCGGAACGACACGUCAGCGAGGUGCUUCGGGGUUCGACAUCGACGCCCCUAGCGAGGGAAGCUCUUCGACCACUGAGAACUUUAGCAACAUAAGCAUGUCGGAGGGAGAAUGGUUCAGGAGUCCAUCACCACUGCGCCGUAAACGAGGCAGGGUGAAUCUGAAUGGACCCAAUGCGCCAACUACUCUGCAUACGACCUCGUUCUCGCUGGGAGGCGAACGCGAUGAUUUCAUAUAG